UACAGAGAGCUUCUGUCUCUAGGCGGCUGUCUCCCAUAGGUUUAAGGGUUGUUUUUCUCCGCUUUCGUCUUCGACGAAGUGCGGCUUUCUUGUGCAGCUUUCGUUCACCUUUCGUGAGGCUCUCUUCUUCGGUAGACCGCAGUGCCUAUAUGGCGGUCAAAGGUUGUGUACCCUUAGCAGCAGGUGGAGAGUUUCAAAGAUGUCAUUCAUGGUUGAGAUCAGAAGGUAAUGGACGAAGCAUGGGGUUAGAGUGUCCCCCUCCUGAACGGACGUCAUGGAGUGCAGGAGAGUUUAGGGUUUGGAAGCAGUGUUUUAAUUUUACUAUUUGGAUUGCUUGCUAUUUAUUUUUCAUGAUCAUUCUAUUCAUUUUUCUGUUGGUUACUUUUAUUGUUGUAAGACGCUUGCAUUAAAAUUGGAUGAUGGGAGGUCUGCUUUAACCGUCGUUAGCUCAUUUAUGCUCACUACAGAAUCAGCGAGUUGUAUUGCUUUUUUGAAGGUGAUUGACUGUAAGUCUGGUUCAAGGCGUG